CCGGAUGCUUUAAAACGUUACACCGGAACUUGAGGUACUGACAUUUCAGGACAGACACGAGAAUGGCGUGUUUGUGUGUGUGAUGAAUUGAGGUUUAAACAGCUUGUGAUCAGAAUAAAGAUGGCGGUGUGGACCUGCAGGCUUCUCCGCACAGCGGCUGUGCUUCUUCCCCGAGCUGGAGCAGGAACACCAGCGGAAGGUGGUGCCAUUAUUCAUUGUGUGAGGACUGUCAAGACCUCUACAUGGUGGGAUGAACAUCUGACUGCAGAUAAUGUGGAGUUUCUGAAGAGAGAAGUGACGGAGGAGUACAGAGAGCUCACAGCGGCCAAACUGAACCCUCUAAAGGAUGAACCUUGGCCUCGGCAUGAGUGGGAGGAACAGAGUCGGAGGGUUGGACUUGUGGCGGUUAAGUUGGGAAUGAUGCCGGUGUGGACCAAGUCAGGAGACCGGCACGUAGUGACCAUGCUGCAGGUGCAGGACUGCCACGUGAUAAAGCAUAUACCUAAAGAUGCGUACGACGGCAGGUCGGCUGCUCUGGUUGUGGGCGCUAAAGACGUCUCUCCCUUUCAUAGGUCGGCGGAGUACCUGGAGAUGUUCCAGAAUGUUGGAGUUCCCCCUAAACAAAAACUGACGACGUUCCGUGUGACUGAAAAUGCUGUCAUCAAGCCAGGCACUCCUCUGUAUGCUGCACACUUUCGUCCAGGACACUAUGUGGAUGUCACAGCCAAGACAAUCGGAAAGGGUUUCCAGGGAGUGAUGAAGCGCUGGGGUUUCAAAGGUCAGCCAGCUACUCACGGCCAAACCAAAACCCACAGGAGACCAGGCUCUCUGGGACCGGGAGGGGACCCUGCUAAAGUGUUCAAAGGAAAGAAGAUGCCAGGCAGAAUGGGGAACAUUUAUGACACAGCCUUUGGCCUGAAGGUUUGGAGGGUGAACACCAAAAAUAACAUCCUGUAUGUGAACGGCUCUGUUCCUGGCCACCGAAACUGCUUGGUGAAGGUACGAGACACGGUUCUGCCUCGACACCUAGUGAAGAACAGGAACCCUCCCUUCCCUACAUACUUCACUGACGGAGACGAGGAGCUCCCUGAGGACCUGUACGCAGAGGACAUGUUUCAGUGUGGGGAACCUAUUCCUGAAUGAGGCCCUGACCCCACAACUUCACCCCAAUUCCCUUCAUCUCAAUCGUGUGUAUGAAUGCUUUGCUGCUGGACUGAGAUGAAAGUGUGAGUAAUACACACUUUAAAGCAGCCAGGCACAGGAGUCUCUACUGUUAUACAGAACUGAAGAUGGAUACUGGCUAUUGUUUGUAAAUCUAAACAUUAAAAUCUCUUUGAUAAA